AUGUCCGAACCGGAACACUGUCCUGGCGUCGAGUCGGAGUCGGCGGGAAAGAGCUCCGCCUGCGAGGGCUGCCCCAACCAGGGCGCCUGCUCCUCUGGCUCCCUUCGAGCUGGCGGCGAAGACCUGGACCUCUACGAGAUCGCUCGAAAGCUCUCCACCGUGAAGCACAUCCUCAUUGUGAUGUCGGGCAAAGGCGGAGUCGGCAAGAGCACCGUCGCCUCGCAGCUCGCCCGCUACAUCGCCCACGCCUCUCCGGAGGCCAAUGUGGGCCUCCUCGACGUGGACAUCUGCGGCCCCUCCAUUCCCAAGGCGAUGGGCGUCGAGGCGGAGGAGAUCUUCACCUCCGCCUCAGGCUGGUCGCCCAUCUUCGUGGAGGACAAUCUGGCGGUGAUGUCCUGCGGCUUUCUGCUCACCUCGCCCGACGAUGCGGUGAUCUGGCGUGGCCCGAAGAAGAACGGCAUCAUCAAGCAGUUCCUGCGGGACGUCGACUGGUCGACCGGGGCCGGAGCGGGGGACCAGGGUCUCGACUACCUCAUCAUCGACACGCCGCCGGGCACCUCCGAUGAGCACAUCAGCCUGGUCAGCUACCUGAAGCACGUCACUGGCCUGAGGGGCGCCAUUCUGGUCACCACACCGCAGGAGGUGGCCCAGGCGGACGUCCGCAAGCAGGUGGACUUCUGCGGGCGCGUCAAGCUGCCGAUCAUCGGCGUGGUCGAGAACAUGGCCGUCUUCACCUGUCCGAAGUGCCACCAGGACAGCUACAUCUUCAAGCGGUCCACUGCUGCUGCUGACAGUGGUAAACUACUCGGCGGUGAGAAGGUCAAACUUCUUGGUCGCAUUCCACUGGACCCGCUGAUCGGCAAGUCCGUCGACGAGGGCGUGUCGAUCUUUGAGUCAGUUGAAGCAGAAGGAGGUGAUAAAACCGCAAAUCAAACCUCCGCCAAGACGAUUGCCGCCUUCAAGGAGGUCUGGGAAAAUGUGCAAGCGGUCAUCGAGCCAAAGUGA